ACCCUGCGGGGAUGGCGGCGGUGUUCCCGAUCGGGGAAAUGGUUCACCGAUCACUUCACCGAUUGCGCCCCGUUCACCCUUAGAACCAAAAGAUCCUCCAAACUCAUUGGAGAAUAAACACACAGUAGCCUUUUUCUCCAACAAGAACCAGGGUUUUAGUGAGAGAAAAAAAACAGAGUCACUUUGUGUUUUUGUGUGAAAAAUAAAGAGGACAAAAAGGGGAGCUUCCAUCAAUCAUAGCAAAGCUGCUAAAAUCAUGUUACCUGCUCCUAUGUGAUGGGUAUCUGUCAAUUUCCCUUUUUUAAGUAACAAAAAUUUACCUUUCUGAUUUGGGUAUUUUCUUUCUUCUGUUCUUCAUCAUUUCUUGAUUGUUAAAGACUUAAAGUUGAGAUCUUGAUUGAAUCAAGAUUAGGGUUUUAAGUGGGUGACAGUAAAUAAGUAAUGGGUAAUGUUAGUGUCAGAGAACAAGCAAAGGGUAAACAGUUUGAUCAAGAUGAGUGCUUCAUGGAAUGUGGUCAUGCUCAGGCGCAUGUUAGUGAUAGAAACAGCAGCAGCAGCUAUCCUGCGCAUAUGCUUCCCCACCAUAGGGCUUCAGCUUCUCACACGCCUCAGAUUGUGCAGGUUCAAAGAGAUGAAUAUAAAUCUGUGAAUCAAGAAAAGAGUAUGCCAGUGGUGAUAAGAUGGAUUCAUGGUGGCACAGAAAUUGCAAUUGAGGGGUCAUGGGAUAACUGGAGGACAAGGGAGUUAUUAGAGUGUUCGGGCAGCGAUUUCUUUAUCGUUAAGGUGUUAAACGUUGGCGUUUACCAUUAUCGAUUUGUUGUUGAUGGGCGGUGGACUUAUGCUUCUGAUUUACCACAUGAACUUGAUGAUAUAGGGAAUGUUUUUAACAUUUUGGACUUGAAGGAAAGUUACUCCGAAAAUGGGGGACGAGAUGAAGAACCGGAAUGCCCUUCUUCCCCGGUAUCAAGCUACAACAAUGCCGGCUUCACAUUACAAGAUUUUGGCGAGAAACUGCCCGAACUGCCCCCGUUGCUACAACAAAUGCCUCUAAAUCAACCAUCUUCAUCCAAGAACUUCCAACAGGCUCUUCACAAGCCAUUACCAGCCAAUUUGAACCAUUUAUAUGUUAAGAGAGACGGUAGCAAUCAACCUGUUGUUGCGCUGAGUUCAUCGCAGCGAUUUCGCUCCAAAUUUGUAACAACGGUGCUUUACAAGCCAUUCAAGAAAGUAAGAAAGUGAUUUUUUUUUUAUUUUCUUUCUUUUUUGUUUGUUUUAUUUGGGGUUUACAAACCAGAAACUACAUAUUGGAGGCAUUGAGUUUUAUAGUUUAGGAAAAAAGGCAGAAUCUUGAUUUAUAAAGAAUUUUAUGUCGUUUACAUUCAA